AUGGACUGGAAGAAGGUCAAGGCUGGUCUCCUGGGACUGUGGGUCCCUUGGAUGGCUGUCAUUGUGCUGAGAGCCUGCCAGGCACACCCCAUCCCAGACUCCAGCCCCCUCCUCCAAUUUGGGGGUCAAGUCCGACAGCGACACCUCUACACAGACGAUGUUCAGGACACUGAAGCCCACUUGGAGAUCAAAGCUGAUGGCACUGUGGCAGGCACCAUGCACCGCAGCCCGGAAAGUCUCCUUGAGCUCAAAGCCUUGAAGCCAGGCAUCAUUCAAAUCUUAGGUGUCAAGACGUCUAGGUUCCUUUGUCAAAGGCCUGAUGGGACUCUGUACGGAUCGCUCCACUUCAACGCCCAGGCCUGCAGCUUCCGGGAACUACUGCUUGAAGACGGAUAUAACAUUUACCAGUCCGAAGCCCUGGGUCUCCCCCUGCGUCUGCCCCUGCGAGACCCGUCGUCCCGGGAUCCAGCAUCCUGGAGACCAGUACGCUUCCUGCCUCUGCCUGGCCUGCCUCCAGCUCCCCCGGAACCGCCGGGGUUCCUGGCUCCUGAGCCCCCUGAUGUGGCUUCCUCGGACCCUUUGAGCAUGGUGGGGCCUUUGCAUGGCAGAAGCCCCAGUUACUCUUCCUGA